ACUAGAUACAUAAAACUUGAAAUGUGUAAAUGUGUUACAAACUUACAACUUACAAUUCGUAUCACGAUGACAUCACUCACAUUAAAAAUUCAAAACUGAAUUCAGUUUUUACUUUUAUAUUAAUUUAUUUAUUACACACGAUUAAGAGACUUACAUUUAAUUAUAAUUAUUAAUUACUAUGUUAAAUUUCCGAUCUAGUGAUUUAUUGAAAAUUAUUCAAGUCGUUCUUGAUGCAUUUGAGAAUUUAUAGAUAAUCUUUAUUGUUUAUUUUUAAUUCAUAGAAAUAGGGACAUUGUUCUUUGAGUAAUUUUUAUUGGCUUGUCUGUUUGUUUAUUUAAUUAAAGUUAGUGUAGAACGUCACUACUGUGUUGUUUAAAUUAUUAUAUUUAAAGAUGCUAAAAGAAUUGAGCACAGUCAGAGAAUGCAUUGUAAACACAAAUGUGACAUUAAAGUCUAUAAUACAGGACAUAUAUUCGUGCGAUGGACCUAUUGAAUCUCUAACACAAUUAAAUGCUGAUGGUAGAAAUCAAAUAAACGUAUUUAGAAAUCUAAUAGAAAACUUAGAGCUGUAUGCUCGAGAAGCGGAAAGUCAACAAGAACGAUCAGAAGUUGUAGAAGAAGCCCGUAAUCAGAGAGAAUAUUUAACUAGUAACAUUGCUUCAUUCAGAAAGGCAAAUGUAGAAUGUAUGGCGAGGAUUCACAAAAAAUCUAGUGAACAGUUGUUAGGUACAAGUAAAGAAGAACAAGUGCGACAUAAAUUGAAAAUGGAUAAAGAAAAUUUAUUAAAACAGUCAUCAACUGUUACCAAUCAACUAUUAUCAGUCAGUAGACAAUUAGCAAGCACAUCUCAACAAAGCUUGGACACUCUUGAAACUCUUUUAAAGUCAUCUUCAACUGUAUCUAAUAUAAGUAGUGAGAUUAAAAAUGCCAAAGGAGCAUUAACUCAGUCUGAAAAACUUUUAAACAAGUAUGGACAACGUGAAACAACUGACAAAAUUAUUAUUAUGUUCGCUUUUGCAUUUUUUUUAUGUGUUAUUGCUUAUAUUGUUCAAAAACGACUUUUUUGACGCUAAAAAUUUAAAUUUAAAGUGUUCUAAAAUUUGAUUGACUUUAUAUUUUGCAAUAUGUAUGUAUAUAUAUAUAUAUGAAUAUGGUAUAUUUUUUAUGAUUUACCAAAAUGUUAUGUAUUUAAUUUUCCAUGAUUGAAUACAAAAAAUGUUGCUCUAUUGCAACAAAGAUUAAAAUUCUAUGAUAUGUUAAUAAACAAUAUUUAUGUUUUAUAA